UACACUCCCGUAAGUGUAGCAUUAAUAGUUGUGGGUGGUGAACAGGGCCGCCCCGCAAGCACUGGGCAGAGGGUGACUGUCCACGCCUUCCUUAUCCCAACAGUGCAGUGUACUCAUUCACGCCACACAGGCGCACAAACUCCUAACAGACGAGGUUUUUCCAUGGCGAUGGCGUCUCUUCUUGCAGACUUGGCAGUAUUUCUUUUUUUGCUUAACUUUCUGACUGUAUCACUUGCUAAUCAAGAUGACCUUCUGAUCACCACAAAGCACGGUAGAGUUAAAGGGAAGUUGCUUACUGUGCUUGGUGGUGAAGUGAGAGCGUUUCUUGGAAUUCCUUAUGCGAAACCACCCGUUGGAACACUGAGAUUCAGAGCGCCAGAGAGAGUGGAUAAAUGGGAAGGUGUGAAGGAUGCCACACAAUUUCCAAAUUCCUGCUACCAGGUCCCUGAUACUACAUUUCCAGGGUUCAUAGGUGAAGAGAUGUGGAAUGCAAACAGGCCUCUGAGUGAGGACUGUCUCUACCUCAAUGUCUGGUCCCCGCAAAUCAACAAAACUCAGCCCCCACUACUGGCUCCUGUCCUUGUCUGGAUCUAUGGCGGCGGGUUCACCACAGGAACAUCAUCCCUGGACAUUUACGAUGGCCGCUUCCUGAGUAAAACAGAAGGUGUCGUUGUGGUAUCAAUGAAUUACAGACUGGGAGCUUUUGGUUUUCUGUCUCUUCCUGACAACAAGAAUAUCCGGGGAAAUGCAGGCCUGCUGGACCAGCGCUUGGCCCUCGAGUGGGUAGCCAAUAACAUAGCUGCUUUUGGAGGUGAUCCAUCAAUGGUGACUCUGUUUGGGGAGAGUGCGGGGUCAGGAUCUGUGGGUUUUCAUCUGCUCUCCCCAGGAAGCCAGCCUUUUUUUCAGAGGGCUAUAAUGCAAAGCGGCUCUCCCAAUGCACCUUGGGCCACAAUCAGCCAGACUGAGGCUGGGCAGAGGGCUCUGAAGCUGGCGACAUUACUGGGAUGCACCACAUCUCAUCCAGCCCAUCUGGAAAUGUGUCUGCAACAAGCUGAACCCACAGAUAUCACAGAGUUGCAAUAUAAAGCUAUGCUACACCCUUCAUUCCUAGGAUUUCCCUUUGCCCCUGUUGUUGAUGGAGACUUCCUACCAGACAAAGUUGAAAUGUUGCUUACUAGUGAUAAACUCACAAAGAAAGAUUUGAUGCUUGGUGUGAACAAGGAUGAAGGGACCUAUUUCCUUGUCUAUGGAGUGCCUGGUUUCAGCAACCAAGGCCCGAGUCUCAUCACCAGGAAAGAGUUUCUGAAAGGGGUGGAGAUUGUAAUGAAGAAAGAAAGUGACGUUGCAAAACAAUCAGCCAUUUUCCAAUACACUGACUGGACAGAGGAGAACGCCAGGGUAAAAAAUCGUGACUUACUGGGUAGUCUGACUGGAGACCAGCUGUUCAAUUGUCCUGUGAUAGAGUUUGCACAGAGGUACUCACAAAAUGGUGGCAAGACUUUUCUGUAUUUAUUCAAUCAUCGUUCAUCUAUUAAUCGUUGGCCAGAAUGGAUGGGCGUCAUGCAUGGUUAUGAGAUAGAGUUUAUCUUUGGAAUGCCUCUAAACACAAACCUGGGAUAUACAAAGAAUGAAGUAAACAUGACCAAGAAGUUAAUGAAGCACUGGACCAACUUUGCUCGGGCGGGAGAUCCAGGGAAUGUUGGAGCUAAAUGGCCUACGUUCAACCUCGAGCAACAGGAAUAUGUCAUCCUGAACAGCAAUGAUUUGGAACACAGGACGAUGAUGAGAGCUAAGGAGUGUCAACUCUGGAAUACCUUGAUGCCACAGUUGCAGACUGUCUCAGAUAACCUUGCGUCUUGCCUUCAUGCGAGUGGGAUUAUGCUCCACUGUAAUUCCAUAUUCAUUCUCAUUGGGCUAUUUUUGACGUUAACCUUUUGGUAGAAGGAAGAGACCAGCCGUCAAGAAAGCUGAGGAGCAAAGCUUGGUCUUUACUGUUUGCUAUUAUAUGUGCUUCCUGCAAUAUUUGUUUUGCGAUUGAUUGCAACUAUAUAUAUAUAUAUAUAUAUAUAUAUAUAUAUAUAUAUAUAUAUAUAUAUAUAUAUGAAAAGAAAAUGCAUUCACAUUGACUGUUUCAUUCCGUGCAUACAGCUGCCUACAUGUCAUGGAAUGGAACCCAGUUACACGGUUCCAAUAGGAAUGCUAAAAUUCUGGUUGUUGUGAUAGAGAGUAAUGCUUGUUUAAAUCAUGCAGGGACUGUGCAAUGACUACAAUAAGUGGUAGCUGUUAGUGUGAUACUUUUGUAUUUUUGCACACUUAGUUAAUGAUGCAUUGCUUACAGUAAUCACUUGUAAACACCAUGUAAUGAUAAAUAAAGAUGUGAAUAUAA